UGCCGUCAGCAGACGCUGGUGAACUCCAAACUUUAAUGAGAAAUUCUACUAAAUCUGAAGAAUCGUCAGCUGUGGAUGGGAACCCACCCAAAGGAGUGGGGAGGAUCAUACAUGUCAACGAUCCUCAACGGAAUCUUCAACAGAAAUUUUUACAUAAUCAAAUUUCCACGGCGAAAUAUAAUUUUUUCACAUUCUUGCCAAAGUUCCUAUACGAACAAUUUUCAAAGUACGCAAAUUUGUUCUUUUUAUUCACAGGUUCCAUCGGUCGGCUAUUUGACAUGGUGUUCAAGAAGAAUCUUUUGUGUCCAUAUACUCAAAUUAAAGAUGUGUCACCUACGAACCAAUUCACGACGCUGGGCACCCUGGUUGUUGUGUUAGUCGCUACAGCGUUCAAAGAAAUUGUCGAGGAUUACAAACGUCAUAGCUCCGAUUCGGAAGUCAAUAAGCGAAUGUGUAAAUGUCUUGAAGGAUAUUCAUUCGCACAAAAGGAAUGGAACGAAGUAAAAGUAGGGGACAUUGUUC